AUGGAAUACGAGAACGAACAACGCGGCUACGACGACGAGCCUCGUGGCUAUGAGCGCGACCGCAGCAGGUCACCGCGCCGUGAGAGUCGUGACAACGACAACGUGCGCGCCCGCAGCGCUUCUCCCAACGACCGUGACAGCCGUGGCCCGCCGCCCCAGCCUCGCGACCGUCAGACAGACGAGAGCCGCAACGAGGGCUCCAAUCUCUUCGUCACAGGCAUCCACCCCAGUCUGACUGAGGAGGAGGUCACACGUCUCUUCGAGAAGUAUGGUGAAGUCGAGCAGUGCAACAUCAUGCGCGAUCCUCACACCAAGGAGUCCCGUGGCUUUGGUUUCGUCAACAUGGUCACCUCUGACCAGGCAGACGCUGCCAAGGAGGGUCUGCAGGGCGAGGUCCACCAGGGCAGGACACUGAGCAUCGAGAAGGCUCGCCGUGCGCGUCCCCGUACUCCCACCCCGGGCAAGUACUACGGCCCCCCCAAGCGUGAGUUUGGUGGCCCUGGCGGCGGCGCUGGCAGGGGCGGAGGCCGAGGAGGUCCUCGCUACGGCGACCGCUACGGCGACGACCGACGGGGUGGUGGUGGCUAUGGCCGUCGCGAUGACUAUGGCUCUCGCCGCUACGAAGACCGUGGCUACGGCGGUGGCCGACGAGACGACUAUGGCCCUCGUGGCGUAGACCGCUACGCUUCUGACCGUGGCUAUGGCGGCAGGGAAGGCGGCAGGGAAGGCGGCCGUGAUGGCGGCCGUGAUGGUGGUCGUGACGGUGGUCGUGACGAUCGUCGCGGUGGCAGCAGCGGCGGCGGCUACUACGACCGACCCCCUCCCCCAGCUGGUGGUUCCGGAGGCGGCUACGGCGAUGCUCCUCCUCCUCGCGAAUCGUACAGCGGAGGCCGCUCGUACGAGGGUGAACCCAAGCGGUACUGA